AUGUCUGGAGCAAUCACAAAGUUUGCCGUCACAUCUAUGGUGAUGUGGAUGGACCCUGUUGCAAUCAUGUAUGGGUUUAUCUACCAUAUUUUUCCAGGUGUCGGUCAGCUUUCCGCCUCAGCGCAAACUAUGGCGAGUGGAUUCCUUGCUGUCAUCUCGGUCAAUCUGGUGAUCAGCUUUUACAUAUACAUGGCCAUGAAGGAGGCUCCCCAUCAAGAGCCACAACCUGAUCCAACCUUUCUAGCAAACGCCAAAGCAAGCAUUAACCAGCCAACUUCUUAUCAAGUGAGUGAUGAUUCCCAUGGGAAGGGAAAGGUGGAGUAGGCAGUAGCGUAAAUUGAGUUGAGU